GACGAACUCCAAAGAAGAGUUGGUCGUGGUAUCAUCUCCUCCUUGCACCUCCGGCGGAGACGGAUACAUUGGAUCCAAACCAAACGCCGAACAGACCUUAUGAUGCUCGAGACAAUCUGUCUCUGUCAUCUACACAUUUGCUUUCAACCGCUCUCCUUUUUCUCGUCCGGCGCGCCUCAGACUCAUCCAACGCUUACUACUCACUUCUUAUAGAGCUUGCUUUUCUCUACCCCCCCCUCAGAGAGAGAGAGAGUCAGAUAGAUAGAGAGAGAGAGAGAGAGAGAGAGAGAGAGAGAGAGAGAGAGAGUUUUGCUUCUUGGGGCGGAGGAGAUGGCGGUUUGCGAGGACAAGGAACAGGACCCGCGUAUUCGACGCAUAGCCUCGUCCAUCCGCGUGGUGCCGGACUUCCCCAAGAAAGGGAUCAUGUUUCAAGACAUCACGACACUGCUGCUGGAUCCGAGGGCGUUCAAGGACACGGCGGACUUGUUCGUGGAGCGGUACACGGGGAAGGGCAUCUCCGUCGUCGCCGGAGUCGAGGCUCGAGGCUUCAUAUUUGGUCCUCCUAUUGCAUUGGCAAUUGGUGCAAAGUUUAUUCCACUAAGAAAACCAAGAAAAUUGCCAGGUGAAGUUAUUUCAGAGAACUAUGUACUGGAGUAUGGAACCGAUUGCCUCCAAAUGCAUGUUGGCGCAGUCCAACCUGGUGAACGUGCUCUGGUAGUUGAUGAUCUGAUUGCAACUGGCGGAACUCUUUGUGCUGCCAUUAGUUUACUUGAGCGUGCCGGAGCUGAAGUCGUCGAAUGUGCAUGUGUAAUUGAACUUCCAGAACUCAAGGGCCGCGAGAAGUUAAAUGGUAAACCAUUAUACAUACUCAUGGAGUCCCACUGAUGUUACCAUUCUCUUGCUGAUGGGAGUUCUCGAUACUGUUUAUUGGAUGAUUUCAUUCCAAUUCUCAUAGAUGAAGCUGAACUCCUCCUUUGUGUAGAAGUACAAUUUUAUUGGUUUACUGUGAUCUGCUCUCUUAUAUCACUUCUAGUUUAGAAUUCUCAGUUCAUGCAAUUGAGACAUUUGCUAUUACAGAAUGUUGCAAUGCAAUCA